AUGGCCGCGCGCGAGCUCAUCGCGCUCGAGGACGUGGCCAAGAUGCCGGCGCCGGGACUGAGCGCCCCCGCCAACGUGAGCUUCAGCCCGGACGGACGCGUCGUGGCCUUCCUGCACGCGCCCGGGGCCCAGAGCGGCCUCUCGCGGCAGCUCUACGCGCUGGACGUGGCCUCGCGCCGCGUGUCGCUGCUGGCGGCGCCGCCCAACCAGGGCAACACGGAGGGCAACCUGAGCCUCGAAGAGAAGCUGCGGCGCGAGCGCCAGCGCCAGAUGGGCGUGGGCAUCACGUCGUACGCGUGGAACCCGUCGCUCCACGCGCAGCGGCUGCUGUACCCGCUGCAGGGCGACCUCUACGUGCAGGAGCAGCCCGGCGCGGAGCUCCAGCUGCUCUUCGACAAGACGUCCACGGGGGCGGCAGGCGGCGCCAUUGACCCGCAGUUCUCCCCCGACGGGCGCUGGGUCGCCUUCGUGCAGGACAAGGAGAUCUACGUGAUCCCGAGCCACGUGACGGAGGGCGGCCACAAGGCCGUGCAGGUGACCACGGGCGCCAGAGGAGUGGAGGGAAAGUCCAACGGCCUGGCCUGCUUCCUCACGCAGGAGGAGCUCAGUCGCUUCCGCGGCUUCUGGUGGUCACCCGACAGCUCGAGACUCGCGUUCGAGGAGAUCGACGAGAGCCACAUCCCCAAGUUCAGGAUCAUGCACUCGGGCAGCGAGGACCCCACGGGCGACGCCGCCGAGGAGGACCAUCGCUAUCCUUUCGCAGGGGCUGCGAACCCCAAGAGACGGCUGGGAUUCCCCACGCCCAUGUGGAUGGACUUUGCGGCGGUGAACCAAGACCCGGACUUUUACGUUUCCAGAGUCAACUGGCUGCCGGAUCAGUCGCUCGGCGUGCAGAGGCUGAAUCGGCUGCAGACGGAGGUCAUGUUCCUGCGCUUCGACGUGCAUACGGGACGACCCACGACGCUGAUCCAUGAGACCAACUCCGUGUGGGUGAACGCGAGCUACCUCUUCCGGAACAUUGAAGCGGAGAGCAAGAACACGUUCCGGUUCUUGUGGGGCUCCGAGCGGUGCGGAUUCAUGCACCUGUACAUGUACGAGUACACGGCUGGAGCCCCUGGAGCUCGUCUGCUGGGCGCUGUGACCAAUGGAAAGUGGAGCGUGGAGUCUGUCGAGGGGAUUGACCUGGCGCACGGUCGUGUCUACUUCUGCGGCACGGCGGACUCGCCCCUGGAGCGUCAUCUGUACGUGACGUCUCUCUUCCCGACCAGCGACCCGCCGCUUCCCCCUACAAGACUUACUGCUGCUGAAGGCAUGCACAGCGUUGUCAUGGACAGCAGUUGCCGCUUGUUUGUGGACGUGUACAGUAACACGACGACGCCGCCGCGUGCACUGGUGUGCGCGGUGCCUUCGGAGGCUCAGAUUGCGGCUGUGAAGCCGGUUGAGCCCGCGGACCCGAGCUUGGCUGCACAGGCACCAGCCCCGCCAUCUCCGGAGCAUGCAGCGCUGUUCCAGGGUAUCCAGGAGUCCGCGUACCCCCUCACUACUGAGCAAGAGGAUCUGCGUGUGGCGAUUCUGCAAGCCCAGGGGAAGCUGUGCGUGCCGAAGAUCAUCUCAGUUCCAACUCGCGAUGGCAAGGAUACACUGUAUGGAGCUGUGUACCUGCCCGACCCGAAGAUUCACGGUGAAGGACCGUACCCCACGAUGGUGAGCGUAUAUGGUGGCCCCCACGUACAGCGAGUCGCGCGCAUGUGGGCGAUGACGGUUGAUAUGCGAGCGCAGCGGUUCCGUGAUAUGGGCUACGCUGUGUUGAAGGUGGACAACCGUGGAAGCUUCCGUCGCGGAUCAGCUUUUGAAGGCGCCAUCAAGCACUGCAUGGGCACUGUAGAGAUUCUAGACCAGCAGGACGCUGUCCGCAAGCUUGUCGCUGAAGGCAUCACGAUCGAAGACCGCGUGGGAAUUUACGGCUGGAGCUACGGUGGCUACAUGUCGGCUAUCAGUCUCAUGAAGGCUCCCGAGACUUUCAAGCUCGCUAUCGCUGGUGCCCCCGUGACCAGUUGGGAUGGAUACGACACUUGCUACACGGAGCGCUACAUGUCGACUCCGCAAUUGAACCCCGCAGGUUACCGGGAAGGUUCUGUUAUGGAGGCUGUGGGCAACAUGCAGAAGGGGCAGAAGCUGCUGCUCAUUCAUGGCUUGAUCGAUGAGAACGUGCACUUCCGUCACACUGCUCGCCUUAUCACGGCACUUAUCAACGCACGGAAGCACUACGAUCUGCUGCUCUUCCCGGGCGAGCGCCACUCGCCACGCCACCUAGAAGACCGAAUUUACAUGGAGCAGCGCAUCGCCGAGUACGUCGAAGCUAACCUGUGAGGGGAAUAUAAAUGGUUUAUAAUAAACCACAGGUUGUCAGCUCUUGCAUUAGAGCGCGGGAAUACCAAUUC